CGCGCCCGGCUUCAACGUCUAUCACUCCUGCGCCAUGCUCAGCCGCGUGCUGGCGCUGCACGGCCAAGGCCUCAGCCCGCGGUAGUCGCGGCUGUUCAAGGAGGGCUGCUCCAUGCUUCAGAAUGUCCUUCGGCGGCAGCUGCCGGAGCUUCACCCCCGCACGGUAGUGGUGGUGGUGGUGGUGGUGGCUUACAGGCCUGGCAACUCCCACCACCCGAGUGGUCACCACGCCCACCACCCGGCACGUCGUCGUCCGCACGCCCAGCAGCGCCCACGUCCCCUUGCCUUCCCCUACAACCCGCAUGCGAUGGACGCCUUUCUGAGCUGCUGCGCCGCGGAGCUGCCACGCUUCACCCCGCUGAAUGAAGGUGCGGCACGUGCAUGCACUGGCGGUCAGCGGUUGACGGCGGCCGGCGGUGAGGAGGGGCUGGUCCCCCAGGGCACCAAGGUGCUGAUUGGCGAGGUGGAGAAGAUCGGCCCCGAGGAGGCGCUGUCACAGGAGAAGCUGUGCCCCAUCCUGGCCAUGUACAAGGCGCCCGACUACGACGCCGGCGUCAAGAUGGCGUGCGACCUGAUCAUGUACGGCGGCGCCGGCCACACCAGCGUGCUGUACACCAACCCGCUCAACCACGCCCACAUCCAGCAGUACCAGAACGCGGUCAAGACCGUGCGCAUCCAUCCUGAUCAACACCCCCGCCUCGCAGGGCGCCAUCGCACCUGCUCAACGUCAAGACCGUCACCGCACGCCGCGAGAACAUGCUGUGGUUCCGCGUGCUGCCCAAGAUCUACUUCAAGGGUGGCUGCCUGGAGGUGGCGCUGGGCGACCUGCGCGGUGUUCUACCACGUGACCCCCGACCCGACCCUGGCCUGCAUUGAGGCCGGCCUGAAGGAGAUCCUGGAGUUCAAGCCCGACGUCAUCAUCGCGCUGGGCGGUGGCUCGCCCAUGGACGCGGCCAAGAUCAUGUGGCUGAUGUAUGAGUGCCCUGACACCCGCUUCGACGGCCUGGCCAUGCGCUUCAUGGACAUCCGCAAGCGUGUGUACGAGGUGCCGGAGCUGGGCAAGAAGGCCACCAUGGUGUGCAUCCCCACCACCUCGGGCACCGGCUCCGAGGUGACGCCCUUCUCGGUCGUCACGGACGAGCGCCUGGGCGCCAAGUACCCGCUGGCCGACUACGCGCUGACGCCCAGCAUGGCCAUCGUGGACCCCCAGCUGGUGCUCAACAUGCCCAAGAAGCUGACCGCCUGGGGCGGCAUUGACGCCCUGACGCACGCGCUGGAGAGCUACGUGUCCAUCUGCGCCACCGACUACACCAAGGGUCUGUCGCGCGAGGCGAUCAGCCUGCUGUUGAAGUACCUGCCCCGCGCCUAUGCCGACGGCUCCAACAACUUCGUGGCGCGCGAGAAGGUGCACUACGCCGCCACGAUUGCCGGCAUGGCCUUCGCCAACGCCUUCCUGGGCAUCUGCCACUCCAUGGCGCACAAGCUGGGCGCCGCCUACCACGUGCCGCAUGGCCUGGCCAACGCCGCGCUGAUCAGCCACGUCAUCCGCUACAACGCCACCGACAUGCCCGCCAAGCAUGCCGCCUUCCCCCAGUACCAGUACCCCACUGCCAAGCAGGUGUGUGGGCGGUGGCGGUGGAGGGGGUGGAGUGCCUCCUCACGUGUGCAGCAGCACACGGUGGUGGGGGGAUGUAUGUCGGCUGGAGCAUUCGGCUGAAGACCUCCAACGCCGCCACCGGCCCCGCCCCCGACCUCCUGCUCCCCACCGCGGUGCGGUGCCUGGGCUCAGCCAGCGCCAGCACCUGCGCAUCCUGGCGCGCGGCCGACGCCUCGGACCUGCUGCGGUCAGCGCACCAGGCCGCCCCCGCCCCCGCCCCCGCCACCC